CGGCAGCAGCCGCCGCCGAGAGUCGACUGAGCCGGGAAGCGAGAGGUUGGCGGUAGCUGCAGCUACGCUGGGCACAGACCCGGCGGGAGGCAGGGAGGGGACCGAACCAAGGCGAGGCCCAGAGCAAGGCUUCUCACCCGCCCACCCCGGAUUGGGCUCCGGUUUCUCCCUUUUUCUUUUCUUUUUGUCCUUGCUCCUCUUGAGGACUCCACAUCUUGUUAUUCAUCGGAGCCGAUCGAUCGAUUGGCUAUUGAUCGGUUAAAGGGGCCCUGCCGCUUGGGAGACUCGAAACCAGGAUCGUAUUGAGACGCUGUUCCUUUAAGCCAAGCCGCGGGAGGAGGCGGGAGGAAUCCAGCGAUGCGCCCUUGAUCUGUAGUCAUCCUUCCGCCCUUGAGUUCCUUCAUACACCCCCACCCCCAUUUUUCACACCAACCCUAAUGCGCUUUCACCACCCCCGGGAGAAGAGGACGAGAGGAUGAGGCAGCAGCAUCGCUACCUAUUCCCAUAGGCAACCCUCCCUCUCUCUCCUUCACCUUGAUUGAUACUCCGUCGAUCUGCUCAAAAGAUUUCGUUUAAUUUUUAUUGUGCCAUCUACUCCCCAGCUCGGUCUCGCAUUAUAUUGCAAAACCUGACGGGGAGGGGGCGGCGGCGGCGGCGGCGGACGGGUUUUUAAUCGGCUGUAUGUAUGUAGGGGAAAAUCUCUCCUAAUCAGGCAGAAGAGCUCUCUCCGCUUACCUUCCCCCGCACCCUUGAGCCUUGAAUGGGGAAAGGAUUUUUAAAAAUCUAUAUAGGGUUUCUGUUUUGGGUCUUAACAAUCGAUAAAUGGAUCUAUUUUUUAAUGUAUCACCCAGUUCUCAUGAUCUGGAAUUCCACUAUUCUUCCUUGCCUUCCUUCUGUGCGAUAGUGUGGUGAUAGAUCGAUCGCAAUCCCUAUCUUCUACCCCCCCUUUCUCCCCCGUCGUGUCUUUCUCUUGGGUGGAAAUCGUGGGUCUGUUCUGUGUUGUUUCUUUUGCAUGUGGCAAAGGUGAAAGAGAUCGUCGGAUCCACUGGGCUGCUAGUUAAUUCCUGUUGUUUGUGACUGGGAGCUUUAGGGAGAGGUGCCGAAGCUAGCUGUGUGUGUGUGCGCGCGCGCAUAUAUAAAUAUAUAUUUUAAAAUAGAUUUUUAUUUAAAAGAGGAGAGACCCAAGAUGGCUGGAGGUGGUUCUGAGGAGCAUGUAAGGGUUUUUUAAAUCUGAUGAUAAAAGCUAAAAGGCACAGCAGCAGCUGCAGCUGUAUAAACUCAAUUUAGAGCCUUGCCCCUUCUCCCGAUCUCCCCCCCCCCCAACAUCAGACGCACACUUUGCAGGGUGGUGCUAUCCACCAGCUUUCUCCCUUCGAUCUUCGUCUUUUAACAAAUUUGUUUCUAACCCCCCUCCAAAUCUACCAAUUAAAAAAAACAAACUCAAAAUGGCUGAGGAUUGACUGGGUCCUCUUGGAAUUGUACGUUUCAGCAGUUCCCUUUAAGCUUGCCUGUGUGUGUGUGUGUGUGUGCGUGCGCGCGCGUGUGUCCGUCCGUCCUCCUCCUCCCCCUCCUCGUUUGCAGGCUGGUUCCAAAAGGAGAAAUAGCUUUCAUGUCAGAAGGAAAACAGAGAAGCAAAGGGGAAGAGGCGGGGGCCGGGCUCUUCAUUAGCAGUUGAGAAAUUCCUUUUCAGUUUGAUCAAGGCAUACUUGUUUUCCUUCCAGCGAGAGCAACCCAUCACUCUCCCAAAAGACUGAGGAUUUUGAAGUGGGGAGUAUUGUUUCCAUUUCAGUCUUAUUAAAAUUAAAAUAAAAAUUGCGACGGAUUUUGAGAAGGCAAAAUCCCAGGGUGAAUUGGGAGCAGGUUGAUUCUCUUGGUUGAAUUUGUCUUCAGCGGUUUCCACUCUCUCGGGGUCCUUAUUUUUCUUCUUCUCAUUCCUAUUUGUGAAAGGAGCGAAGGAUGGGAGGGUCCCUUUGGCUCUGGGCUGGAAUUUCAUCCGAGAGUGAUUGACCGUCUUCCUACUGAGAAACCCAAGGAAAUCUUUUUCUUUUUGCACCAUUCAGCUGCAUUAGAAGUUAGCUGCUGUUUUUCUUCUUUGUAUCUUUAAUCCUGCAUUUGGAUUUUAUCUCCCAACUUUUUUUGGUGGUUUAAUUAAAGACUUGAAUUCUGAACUCUGUUACGGAAACUAAAAUUCGAAAAGGAAUCCUCUUUGACUUUAGUCAGGAAGGAUAAAUGUCCCCUCAAUAUCAAAUAUUGGGCAAAAAGUCGUGAUAAAUUGGCACUGUAACUUAAGAGUUUUAUAUGGCAUUUGGACUCCUUCCUUCUGGAUUUUGUAUGGAUUUUUUCCAGUUCUCGCAACUUAGUGGCCUUUCUGUUGCAAAAGUGGAAACUCCUCAUCAUCUGCGUUGGUAGACCAAAAACUGACUUUUUAAAGAGAUUUUUUUCAAAAUAAAAUCUGUGUUGGUGUGAGACAUGGCUGAAAACUGGAAGAACUGUUUUGAAGAAGAGCUUAUAUGCCCCAUUUGCCUGCAUGUCUUUGUGGAACCUGUCCAGCUUCCUUGUAAGCACAAUUUUUGUAGAGGAUGCAUAGGAGAAGCUUGGGCCAAAGAGACGGGGCUAGUGCGUUGUCCUGAAUGUAACCAGGCCUACAACCAGAAGCCCAACCUUGAGAAGAACUUAAAGCUGACCAACAUUGUGGAGAAGUUCAACUCUCUCAACCUGGAAAAGACUCCCUCAGUCUUACACUGUGUCUUCUGCCGCCGUGGGCCACCUUUGCCUGCCCAGAAGAUCUGUCUGAGGUGUGAAGCUCCAUGCUGCCAGUCCCAUGUUCAGACACACCUGCAGCAGCCCUCCACAGCGCGUGGGCACCUCCUGGUGGAGGCGGAUGACGUCAGGGCCUGGAGUUGCCCCCAGCACAAUGCCUACCGACUGUAUCACUGCGAGGCUGAGCAGGUUGCUGUUUGCCAAUUCUGUUGCUACUACAGCGGGGCACACCAAGGACACUCUGUAUGUGACGUGGAGAUUCGGCGUAAUGAAAUCAGGAAGAUGCUGGUGAAGCAACAGGACCGCCUGGAAGAGCGUGAGCAAGACAUUGAGGAGCAGCUGUACAAGUUGGAAUCAGACAAGCGGCUGGUUGAAGAGAAGGUGAACCAGCUGAAAGACGAGGUGCGCCUACAAUAUGAGAAGAUGCACCAGAUUCUUGAUGAGGACCUUCGCAAGACUAUGGAGAUCCUAGACAAGGCCCAGGCAAAGUUCUGCAAUGAGAACGCUGCCCAGGUGCUGCACCUCAGUGAGCGCAUGCAGGAGGCCAAGAAGCUGCUCAGCUCCGUUCAGGUCAUGUAUGACAAGACCGAGGACAUCAACUUCAUGAAGAAUACCAAGUCGGUGAAAAUCUUGAUGGAUAGGACCCAGAAUUGCACAGGAGGCAGCCUGCCCCCUCCCAAGAUCGGCCACCUCAAUUCCAAGCUCUUCCUGAAUGAGAUUGCCAAGAAGGAAAAACAGUUGCGGAAGCUGCUGGAAGGCCCCUUCAGCACCCCGGUGCCAUUCCUGCAGAGCAUCCCUAUGUACCCUUGCAGCGUCAGUAACUCGGGAGCCGAGAAACGCAAGCACUCCACCGCUUUCCCAGAAGCCAGCUUCUUGGAGCCACCCUCGGGACCCGUUGCCAGCCAGUACGUGAGCCAGGGGGCCUCGGCCGGCGAAGGCCAAUCUGCACAACCCAUGGUGCCUUGUAGCUCCACCCAGCACAUAGUAGGACUCCCCAGUGGCCCCCAGCCAGUUCACUCCGGCUCCAUGUUCAACCCGUCUCACUACCCCAACAGUACAUCAUCUCAGCAGUCUGUGCUGUCUCAGUAUGGUGGGCGCAAAAUUCUCGUCUGCUCCGUGGACAAUUGCUACUGUUCCUCAGUAUCCAAUCACAGCGGGCAUCAACCCUACCCACGGUCAGGCCACUUUCCAUGGACAGUGUCAUCGCAGGAAUAUUCCCACCCACUCCCACCUGCUCCAUCUGUACCUCAGUCGCUUCCGGGAUUGGCAGUGAGAGAAUGGAUUGAUGCAUCUCAGCAACAUGGACGCCAGGAUUUCUAUAGAGUUUAUGGUCAGCCUUCCACCAAACACUAUGUCACCAGUUAACCAUCUGGUUCGGAUAGAAUCCUGUUGAUUUUUAAAGAUUUUUUUAAAAUCUAGUUUCUGUUGUUUUAAAUCAAAUCCAUUUCCAUUUCUCCCUUCCACAUGCCAGAGUCUGAGAGGGGCAUUGCUGUCAUCUCUAUUUUUAAUUUAAUAUUUGUUUAAAUCCUCCCUUGUAUCAGGUUGGGCAGGGAGGGGGAGCUGUGGAAGAAAUUAACAAGGAUUUCAAUCAAGCAUCUACUUUUGGAUCAUGUGACGUUGAUACUUUUCCAAUUUGGAAAACUUUUAAGGGGACAAAUGAUCCUUUUCUAUUUCAAAGUCUCUGGGCUCUUUGGUUUUGCUUUUAAAAUUCUUUUUCCUUCCCAUUUUUAACAGGAGAAAAUUUCUAUCGUUGAUUCAUUAAGAAAUGACACUUGUAGAUUUUUUUUAAGGCUGAUUUUUUUUUGUGUGUUAAAAGGCCACGUACCGAGCAUAUUGGCAUUUUUUUCUUCUUUCAGAGAUUUGUAAAUACACAAUGGCAGGAAAUGAAAUGCACAAAAAAAGGGAAAAGAAACUUAAAAAAAAAAAAGAAAUAAAAAAAAUCUGUUUUAGUUUCCAGGAGGGAAGUGUGUGUCAAGGUGCACACAUUCCUUCCUGUGUUUUGUUGAUGCAACUUCCUCUAACAAGCACUUUGUAUUAAAAAAGUGGACUUCCUGUUAUAAGGCGCAGGUAUUUAUUCUGUAACCAAUUUUAGAACACACACACACACAAAUAUUCAAAUAAAUGUGAUCACUUAGUGCAAAUGCCUUGUUCUGCUUUGCCUCCGUGCAACACCUGCUUCAGCCAACAUCUCGUCUGGGAACAGGGGAAAUGUUACUCAAACAGAAAUUUGACGGCCUUUAAAAAUAGAUCACACUCUGCUCUAUCUCAGUGCUCCCUUUGGAAUAAUCUUAACUAGAAAUGCAAGGAUUGGGUAAAUGUGGAUAAGUGUUGGUCAGUAAUGCUGUCCCUAUUAAAACAGGACUUGUAGUUUCUGUUUGGAUAUAAUGAAACAUUGGAUUGAACAUGAAUCAGUGCAUAUGUGCAGAAUAAAAGAUCCAUGU